CAGUUAUUCGCCAUUGACGCUGCACAAUGGCACGACUAGGUGUGUUUCUUCUGCUGUGCUGUGUGUUGCUCCAGCACACGUUUGCCGCCCCGCGUCCAGAGUUCGGUUCGAUUGGUACGGUCCAGUCCAGUCAGACGAUUAAAUCCACCGUGAACAGCACAACGCCCCAGUUUGCAGCGAUCGACGAUAAGAAUAAUCUUGUGCUACUAACCAAUUACACGCUUUUCGGCGAGGUGCUGCCCUUAAUGAAGGAGAUCGGCAGCAACGUCACAAAGCUGGGAACCACUAUGACCAACGUAACAAUUGACGCUAUACCGAAAACGGACGGAAAUUAUACCGCCGUGUUUAGUCCGAUUUUUAACAGCAUCCAAGCGUUUAUUACUUAUAUCGACACGGACGUCAACAGAACGCGUACCACACUGUACAACCGGCUUGGUGAAGAUAUCAACGUGCUGUUUGGCGACGGUUUCGGCAACAUGCGCAAAGCACUCGUGAUGGUUGAUGCCGCUUUCCGGCGCUUGCAGGGAGCCAUUACGACCGCGGCCGUCAAGAACGGCAGAGCACAGGUCGAUGCGUCCAUUACGCUGGACGUCAUGGUUGCGGUGAGCUUCUUGAAGGCGACCGUAUCACCGGUCGAAUACAUCGUGCACUCCACCAUCGAGAACAUCGAGUUUGCCGACACGUACCUCAACGAUCUGGAGUUGCUGACGGUGCAGUUCAACAGCGAUCUCGUAUACUACCUGUCCGGUUUCAACACCACGCUCACCGACUAUGGCGAGGUGGUGGUCGAGUCGACGGACUAUAUUAAAAACGGCUGGAACGCUGUUGCGGCCCAACUGCCCAAUGCCACCACGACAAUCACCGCCCUGCCCGAGUACAACCAAACUGCAACGGCGCUGGCAAAGUUCUCCAGCUCAUUUUCCCAGCUUUCCAACAUGACCGCCAAGAUAGAGGAGGGUAUCGUGCAAUACGUGAAUAUUUCGAGCACGUACCUCACCGAAUACACCCAAGCUUUAGUGCCACGGUCGUACUCAUCCAUUAACUACCUGUUUGAGAUAUUGAUUGGCGGUGGCGCAAACUCACGGUUCUGCUUCUUCAAAUUUUCGCCCCUACUCUUGAACUACUACGCACUGAUCGUCACCGAUGUGGAGGUGUGCUUCAUCAUCGAAUCGAGCCGUAUGUUCGUUCUCGCCGAUGUGGCAUUCGAGGUCGGAAAGAUCAUCCUGUUCGAUGUGGAAGAUCUGAUCGACAAUUUGACCUUCUGCAGUAAGCAGAGCUCGCCUGCCCGUUGCCUUGCCGCCAUCGGACCGUACUACGUGGCGCUGGCGGAAAAGACAGCCGCUAAGCUGGGCUUCCUGCUGAAGUAUGGAGCUGCCGAGGGAAGGGCCAGCAUCCAGCGUCUGGGCAGCUGCCUGACCACUAACAAGCUGAAAAACAUGCAGCAGCUCAUCUCCGCCACGUCUGAUAUUGCGGAUUGUCACGUCAAUGGUCCGGAAAUUCCGAUAUAAAUUACAUGUAAUUAGUCCACGGUGGGGUUUUAUUCUUGAC